ACGGCUUACCGAGAUGGCGGAGACAUCAACGAAGACUGUUGCGAACUUCUCUUUAUAGGAGAAAGCAUUUGCGGUAAACGAAGAUCAGUCAUGGAUGUGGGGUUUCGACAUGAGCAUGUGCAUUUGUGGAUGAGGUUUCGGUACAAAGACUGAAAACUUACCUCUACAUUUGUCCUAGUAGAAAUUAGCCUCAUCCUCCUGCAAAUGGGUAUGGCUUUCGGCAGCUUUUCCAAUCCUUGUUGUACAGGGAAUUUGCAGCAACCUAUGUAGUCGAACUUUCACAUCGGCAGCGGUUGCUAGUAUUUUCUGUCCUUCUUACUAACUGCGGCCUCUCCAGGAGAACGGGUACAAAGAACCAAUAAAUAUGUUGAACGCCUCUUCCGAUAAUCAGGAAAUGGGAAAGUCGUCAGGAUAUGAUUACGAAGUAUUUUUGAGCUUCAGAGGACUGGAUACCCGUAUGGGCAUCACUGAUUAUCUUUACACAAGCAUGAUUGACGCUGGAAUUCGGGUAUAUAAAGAUGAUGAAGAGCUCAGCACUGGGGAAGAGAUUGGUGGCCAGCUUCUCCAAGCGAUCAAGCAGUCAAAGAUCUCAAUACCAAUCUUUUCGAAAGGAUAUGCUGACAGUACAUGGUGCCUUAGGGAGUUGGUCAAGAUGGUGGAGUGCAAGAACACAAGGAGACAUAAGAUCAUGCCCAUUUUCUAUGAUGUCACACCAUCUAAGGUAAAAAACCAGACUGAGCACUAGGGCGAGGCCAUUGUUUCUCAUGCAAACAAGAAGCAGUUUGAUAAUGAGACUAUCUACAAGUGGAAGGCUGCUCUCAAUGAGGUUGGAGCGCUAAAGGGUUGGGAUCUCGGAAGUAUGCCAAACAGAGGCAAAGGAGAAUUCGUGAAAGAUGUCGUCAAUGAUGUUUUGACGGAGUUGAAAACUGCCUACUUGGAACUAUCCGAUUGCUUAGUUGAAGUAGACAAUCAUGUGGAUGAAAUCAUAAGGAUGGUAGGCCCACACGACCAUGAAACAAAGAUCGUUGGAAUCCACGGUAUGGGUGGCGUGGGAAAGACGACUCUUGCCAAAAUAGUGUACAAUCAACUUUCUAAUAAUUUUGUUGAUUGUUGCUUCCUUGGUGACAUCCGAAAAAAAGAGAUCACGCGCUUGCAAAAUCAACUCUUAUCGACCAUCCUUAAAAGAAAAUGGCAUGACAUCAAUGAUGUCAUGGAAGGGAAAAAGCUAAUCAAGGAAAGGUUGUGCUCUAAAACAGUGCUUCUUCUACUUGAUGAUGCUGAUGAGGCAAGUCAACUUGGUGCACUCAUGCAUAAGCGUGAGUGGUUUGGUAAGGGAAGCAGGAUUAUCAUUACAACUAGAGAUCAAGGAAUUCUUAAAGUGCCCACACUUGUUGAUGGGACUUAUGAACUUACGGCCAUGGAUUUUGAUCAUUCUCUUCAACUUUUUAGCAAACAUGCUUUUAGAAGAGAUUAUCCCUUAGAGCAAUAUGUCUCUCACUCUGAAAGAGCCGUAAAUAUUUGUAGCGGUCUUCCUUUAGCUCUUGAGGUUGUAGGAUCUCUUCUAUCUGGAAAAAGCGUAGAGGAGUGGGAUGUCACAUUAAAGGAGCAACAAGAAUCUCCUCAAGAGGAUGUUGGAAAGAAGUUGAUGAUCAGCAUCGAGGCAUUAAAUGAAAACCAAAGAAAAAUGUUUCUUGAUAUUGCUUGUUUUUUCAUUGGGUAUGAUAGGAGGAUUGUGAUUCCCAUGUGGGAGAGCUGUAAAUUUCUUCCUCAUCAGUCUCUUGGAGUCCUCCAGCAAAGAUCUUUGAUAAAGAUUAAAGAUGAUAACCAACUGUGGAUGCAUGAUUGGUUAAGGGAUGUUGGAAGAAAUUUUAUACAACAAGGAAGUGGUAUGAAACCAGAGAAGCAACAAUGGGUGUGGACUCAUGAGCAGGCUUUGGAUGUUCUGGAGAAAACACAGAAUGGAGGUGGUGUUCCUGGAAUUGGAAGCAUUGAAGCAAUAUGUCUUGAGUUUGAUGAACUAUCUCAAUACUCCUUGAUAAAAGAACUUUUAGCAAGUCUUUCUAAUCUAAGGUUCCUUCAAGUGGACAAAAAGUUCAUUCGUCAAGUGGAUAGCAAGGACUUAAGUGGAGACUCAGUGUCUAUCCUUACUCAAGCGGAUCGUUUCCAAUAUCACCAGAGGUUAAAUUUUGUUCAAACCACAUUUGGCCCACUUAUCCUUCCAGAGUUGAGAUGGCUUUCAUGGAAUUACUUUCCUAUGGAUUUUGAGCUGACCAAUUUCUCCUUGAGGAAGCUAGUAAUCCUUGACUUCUCAUGGAGUGAAAUCACGGAAGAAUGGGCUGGAUGGAGCUACUUCAAGUUGGCUAAGAAUUUGAAGGUCCUAAAUCUGACAGGAUGCAAAAAUUUGCGUAAAACUCCAGACUUGUCUUUUCUUGUGUACUUAGAGCGGCUGAUUCUCGAAAGUUGUAGGAGUUUGGUUCAAAUUGAUCCGUCCAUUAGUCACCUUAAGAGGUUAGUCUUCUUAAACUUGAAGGGCUGUCGUUAUCUCAGCAAGCUACCAAACGAGAUGGGGCAGCUAGAAUCUUUAAGGGAACUUCUUUUGGACUCUACAUCUAUAGAAGAGAUCCCUGAAUGGAGAAAGAUGGAGAAACUGGAAAUUCUCAGCUUGGUUCAAUGUAAUGCACUGAAAAAAUUUGAUUUCCUCGGUACCGCAGGAGAGCUUUAACUAGUGGGAAACCAUUUGAUUCAACUGCCUAAGUCGAUCGAAAAUUUCAACGCAUUGAUUGAGUUAGAUAUAUCGGGUUCCGGUAUUAGGGAGUUACCAGAUUCAAUUAGGUACAUGAAGAAUUUGAAAGUGCUAAAGAUGCGCCAAAGCUUCCUAAGAAAGCUACCUAUCGCCAUUGGAAUGUUGGAGAAGCUCGAACAGCUAGAGGCAGGGGUUUUUCCAAGAGGAGAAGUUCCCGUUAAUAUUGGGCAGCUACCAUUUUUAAGUAAAUUGGUGUUAGCGUACACAGAAAUUUCAGCCUUGCCUCAGCAUCCAGAAAGUCUAAUCACUCUAGACUUUCAUACACCUUCAAUGGAGACAAUGUCGGACCUCUCGAACCUAUUGAAUUUGAGAGUUUUGAAGUGGCAUGUAAGAUUCAAGAAUCCUUUGAAACUUGAAUCAGCUCCAAGUUCUUGGGGGAUUGGAAGAUUACGCAUGCUUGAGACCUUGGACUUGUAUUGCCCUGACAUCGACUCCUUACCUUCCGAUCUUGUUCUCCUUUCUCAACUGAAGGGGCUCAAUCUCUGGUGCUCUAAUUUGCAAUGCCUACCAAGGCUUCCGACAAAUUUGUCAUGCUUACGUCUCAAAUUUUGCAAAAGCAUGAAAACAACGAAUGAUAUGUCCAACUUGAAAGCAUUAUCACAUCUGUACAUAGGUUUAUGUGACGAGCUAACAGAGAUUGAAGGCCUUGAAGGUUUGGAGAACCUGAGAACACUAAUGCUCGUCAGGCUUCCAUCAUUGGCAAAGUUGCCUGAUCUGACUAACUUGAAGAAGCUUAAGAAGAUUUUUCUAAGCUUCUGUACUGAGCUGUUUGAGAUUCCAGAUUGUCCGGAUUCGUUGGAGAUACUUGAGAUUCACAACUGUUUUAAACUACAAAAGUUGCCCGUUCCAUCAAGCUCCAAGAAUCUGAAAGUUUCGGUUCGAUGGGAAUGGGAAUGGGCUUGACUACAACGGUACAAACAAUCUUUUCUUCUUGUAAUGUUCACGUUUUUCUUAUGUAGAUUUUGGAUUAUAUAUGCAUUAAGGCCCCGAACAAGUGUGGUCUCUCCAGCUUUGUAAUGUGAUUUCGGUUACUGAAAAAUAAAU